GCAGAGCUACAGGUGCUCCCAUCUCCUGCCUGCUUCUCGGUAACAUUUUCAGGCUCAUUAAUCUGGUUAAUCAUGGAAAAGCUGAUGUCUGUUUGUAAACAAAGUCAAGUAUCCUGGCUUGUCCUCCUCGCAGUGCUGGGCUGUGCUAGCACUCUGCCUGUAGAUGUGGAUCCUGUCUGCACAGUGGGAGGCCAUGCAAAGUACAGACUUGCCUUCACAGGGAAGUGGAGUCAGACUGCCUUUCCAAAGCAAUAUCCUCUCUUUAGACCCCCGGCACAGUGGUCACAAAUCAUAGCUGUGACUCAUAGUUCUGACUACCACAUAUGGCAAAGGAACGAAUAUGCCAGUACCGGAGUGAGAGAGUUUGCUGAGAAAGGAGAAGCCUGGACGUUAAUGAAAGAGGUGGAGUCGGCUGCAGAGAAGAUUCAGAGUGUCUAUGGGAUUUUCUCUGCCCCAGCGGUCAUCAGUGGGACUGGCCAAAAUUCAGUCGACUUUGAGGUUUUUGCAAGACACUCAUUACUCUCCUUCAUUGUGAGGAUCGUGCCCAGCCCGGACUGGUUUGUAGGUGUGGACAGUCUGAACCUGUGUGACGGGGAUCGCUGGAAAGAACAGCUGUCCCUGGACCUUUACCCGUAUGACGCAGGCACGGACAGUGGCUUCACCUUUUCAUCUCCAGACUUCGCAACUAUCCCACAGGACACAGUUACUCAGAUAACCUCUUCAUUUCCAAGCCACCCAGCAAACUCCUUCUACUAUCCCCGACUGAAGCAUUUGCCUCCCAUCGCAAGAGUCACCAUCACGAAGCUGAAGGGAAACCAUAUCAUGAGCCUGCCUAAAGACCUGCCCCAUUCCAAUCUGAUCCCUAUAGGCAAUGAAAUAGAUUCACUCACAAGUAUGUUGAAAUACCUCAAAGGACACUAAUAUACCUACUGCAUAGCCACCCUCAAAAUACACAUAUCUUCUACAUUGCAUUAUUGGACAAACAACAUUGUACUUGUAUAGGAGAUCGUCACACAUUUUUUAAAAGUUGUAGUAUUAUUCAAAUAAAGCAACAUUAUAUGACAAAUCAAACAAAUGGGUCUUUAGGUAAGCCAUAAAAAGCUACCAGAGUCUGAGAGUCAUUUAAGUGAUAUAAAAUGAAGACUUUGAAGGAUGAUCGGACAAAUAAGAAAUGUAUUCAUUUAUUUAUUCUUUUUAUUGUCAAGAGGAAUGUAACCGGAAGCUGCCCCUAUUUUACUGUCCCAUUAUAAUAAAUAUAUAUAUAUCCUAUAUCAAAGUACAAAGCUAGAAACCCUGUUAUGAACAGCAUAGAGCAACUAGGGUUUGGUUGACAUGGAGACCAAAUCUGAAAACAAGGCAAUACAAAUCUGAAAGAGAAAAGUGAAAAUUAGGAAAUGCCUGUACAUUUCCAUGCAAAUGUGAUGUUUGAGUUUAGUGUUCAAGGUUUGUUGUGAGAAAGCAGUAUUGUGAUAAAUAGAACAUUCUUUGCUGAAAUA